AUGUCUUUGAAUCAGACCAACGAUCAGACCGAAGAGGAUGCGACUGAACUGCAGUUCCCCAAAGAGUUUGAGAAGGCGGAAACACUACUGAUCUCAGAGGUGGACAUGUUGUUAGAGCACCGGAAGGCACAGAACGAGUCGGCAGAGGAGGAACAGGAGCUGUCGGAGGUGUUCAUGAAGACGCUGUCCUAUUGUCAGCGAUUCAGUCGCUAUAAGAAUCGCGAGACCAUCGCAGCCGUGAGGAGUCUGUUGACGCAGAAGAAGCUCCAUAAGUAUGAGUUGUCUCAGUUGGCUAACCUU